AUCCACAAAUUAAGGCUCAAAUCUUUCUCAAUAAUUAUCUUCCAAUUUAUUUUAUUUUAUUUUUAGGCAAACUAAUAUUAAUUAUAUUAUGGGUAUUACUACAUAUACACAAGAUAUUGUAACACAAGUUGAAGCAACUAGGAUUUUUAAGGCUUUGGCUCUUGAUGCAGACAACCUUGUACCAAAGUUAAUGUCACAAACUGUUAAAAAUAUUGAGAGUACUAUUGAAGGUGAUGAAUGCAUCAAGAAGAUGAAUUUUGUCGAAGGAUAUCCAAUAAAGUACUUGAAACACAAGAUCCAUGUCAUUGAUGACAAGAACAUGACAAUCAAGUAUUCAUUAAUUGAAGGAGAAGUACUUGGAGAAAAUUUGGAACAUAUUUUCUAUGAUGUUAGAUUUGAAGGAAGUAAAAAUGGAGGAUGUAUUUGCAAGACAAUAAGUGAGUAUCAUACAAAUGGUGAUUUUAUAGUGAAAGAAGAAGAGAUAAAAGAAGGCAAAGAGAAAGCUAUUGAACUUGUUAAAGUCGUUGAAGCAUAUCUCCUUGCUAAUCCUUUUGCAUAUGUUUGAAAUUGGUGUUAUCAAUUAUUUUUCAAAGAGUUUCGAGUUUAUUUUGGUAUUUUUGGGUUUGAAGUUGAGAAUACUGUGUGUUUUGUGUUUAAGUUGAAGACUCAGUUUAGGAUAGAGGGUUAGUGGGUAAAAGUUCGAUCGUCAAAGUUGGGAAGAGUGUUCUGUUUGUACCUGCACUGGAGUUUCUUGUUCGUAGUGUUUCAAUGAUGUCUAUGAUUUUGGAUAGAUAGUUUACAGUAGUACCUUGUGUGUGUCUUAUUUUCUUUGUUAUCUAGUGGUGGUUAUCCCA